CAAAACUGACGGGAGCGGCUCCGGUGGACAAUAGUGACUGAACCCAAAACCUUCAGAUGAAACCUUCAGCUCAUAUCUCCGUCGCUUUCAGUGUAAAACAACAAAGAAAGCGUAGGCUACCCCUAAUAGACAACAUGGCUAUUCGAAAGAGGGAAGAAGAAAAAAAAAAGAAAAAAAAACAUGGAGGGAUCAUGCACACCUCUUUAUAUCAUCUUGCACCUCUCUCAUCUGACGCUCCCACUGAUGGGAGCACAAGCUACAUACACGCCGAGUAGCGAGGCGCGUGCGGGUGCCGCCGGUAUUCCCCUGUUGGUAGAAUUAAAGCCAGCGGGUGCUGUUACCGCCAGGGGAUUGGAGCAAUGACUUGUCAAUAAAGUCACCCACCCUCUGAGUAUCUCAGACAGAGUUAGAAGUGUUUGAGACACAGAGCAAGGCGGCGAGACACUGGGAUAACUGAUUUAACCACACCGGGACAGAACGACACUCAAGUCCGAGGGAGAUGGAGGAGGAGAUGCUACCGGCAGACGAGGGUCUCUCUGCGCCCAAAAUCUGCAGGCAGCAGCAGCAGCGGAGCCCGUACAGCUCCCUCAAGACCUUCCAGAGCAAGCGCGCGGCGGGCAAGGCGAGAUAUGACAGACCCACAAUGGUGGACAUCCCGCAGCUCGGAGAGCAUCCUCAUCAUCUCACUCAUCAACAGCAGCAGUAUUCACAGCGCCUGCCGCUUCCUCAAGCCUGCCUCUCCAUCAGCAGCAGUCAGCAGCACCGUCUCCCCUGCGAAAUCAGGCCCAGCAGCAGAGUCGCGACAUCCAGCGCGGCAUCAUCAGCGGGGAGCGCCACGGCGGCAGCGGCGGCGGCAUCAUUUGGCAGCCAGAGGAGGGUCGCCGGCCAGGAGUCAGGCAGAUACCCGGCGGGUCGCGCCGAGCCCAGCCACCAGUCUCCAGACUGCACCUAUGGAAUAAGCUCAGAAAACCGGCUCAUAUUGGAUGCUUUUGCCCAGCAGUGCAGUCGAGUGCUCAGCCUCCUCAACAACAACGGACGGCUGCUUGAAGCCCAGCCUUCCCUGGCCCCUCCAUCCUCUUCCAUCUCUACUCACAUAAAACAGGAGGACAAUAGCCUGUCUCCCAGAGAGAGGCUCAGCUCUAAGCCCAGGUCGGAGGAGUCAUCCCUGGAGAACCCAGGUGAGGAGACCCAACGGGGCAACCACUGGAACCAGCAGCAGACUUCUGCUUUCCUCCGGAUUUUCACAGAGUCACUUCAGAACUACCUGCUAUCCGGACCCCAGUCAUCAGACAGUGAACGGUGCCGUCCAGUAGACGCUGAGCCGGCAGCAUCAGGGUCCCCGAGGCAGAACUUAAGCGGCUGGGCUUCACCAGCACCAUCAGAGUCCUACGGACACCCCUCAUCAACACUGCCUGAGGAAGACGAGGAGGAGGAAGGUUGUUGUCCACGCUGUAUGGAGCUGGAACAGGAAGUUCUUAGUCUACAGCAAGAAAAUGAGGAACUGAGACACAAACUGGACAACAUACCAGCUCCUUGCCAGAAUGUUUUGGACUUUUUUAAGACUGUUCUUCAGCACUACAACCAAUUUGUGCAGCCCCAGCCCGAAGAGCAGCUUACUGAGGGCAGUAAACAGCUUCUGGGUAACUAUCCUCUCUUCAUCACCAAUAAGCAGUGGGAUGAGGCAGUCAACUCCUCAAAAAAAGAUGGCCGGCGGCUCCUGCGUUACCUUAUCCGGUUUGUGUUCACCACAGAUGAGCUGAAAUACUCAUGCGGUCUGGGGAAAAGGAAACGUUCGGUACACACAGGGGAAACAGGACCGGAGAGACGGCCUCUUAACCCUGUCAAGGUCACUUGUCUCAGAGAGUUUAUCCGGAUGCACUGUGCUUCUAAUCCUGACUGGUGGAUGCCCUCUGAGGAGCAGAUAAACAAAGUGUUCAGCGAUGCAGUAGGGCACGCGCGGCAGGGCCGGGCUGUAGGCACUUUCCUAGGUAACGGGGGCAGCGGUAGCAGCAGCAGUGGUAGUUUAUACAUGGAGAGCUACGACGGGCAGCUCUCUCAGGAUGAGCUCUAUCUGAAGGGCUCACAGAAUGGCCUGGGGGACUAAAGAAGAAACGUACAUCCAACGUUCAGCAAUGGAUCAUGGUGAGGAGUGAGCCCUACUGUCAGUCCAGAUCAGAUCACACAGAGAUUGCAACUCUUACAUGAUGUUAACCGGGUUUGUGGAUGAACAUAAUCCUUAUUCCUUCCUGUCAAUACAUUCCAGGGAGUUCACACCUACCCAGUGAAUUAUGUGGGAUUCUUCCAUGCUUUAUUGUUUAACUCUGUGUUAAAUGGUUAGUAGUCACUAGGCAGCGGAGCUGGUUGAAUUCUACAAAAUAUCAGGUUUGUUAUUUGCUCCAUUUCCUAAUUUGUUCCAUUGAAUGUGAUUAAGAAUAUGAUCCACUAUAGCAACAUGAAUGUAUCCGUUUCACUCCAUUGUAAAUAAUGAGAGCUUCCUUUCUUGUCAGAUUGGUCAGAUGUUCAUCAGACAGCCUAUAAAUGAGGUGCUAUUAUGAUGUUCUUUUAUUCUCUCUGAUAAAUUUAAAGUGCUGCCCCUUAUUUUAUCAUCAUAUGACAUGGAUAAUCUGUGAUGUUUAUAAAAAAAAAAACUGUGAUGUUGUAAAAAUCAGUUUCUUAGUGGCUGCAGGAUGAAAUUACUGUCCGCAUCUAUGAUUGUGGAGAUACAGUAAUCUAUAAUAUAAAUUGUUGUUUGGCUUCCUUAUCUUUCCUCUGACUUUAAAGGUCCAACAAGGAGGCAAUGCUGUUUAUAAUUUGUGUCAAGCACCACAAAGAACAUGUUUAAAGGAUCAACCCAUCAUCAUUUAUUCUACCACACUAUAAUAUUCUGUGUGACUGCAUAGAAACUACAUGAAAUGCCUUAAAAAGAGACAUCUACCACUAAGAACUACAAAUACUGCCAAUUCAGACUGUUGAUAAUCUCUUGGUGUUCCUGUUACAUUAGUGGCCUCUGGCUGUUUGGGUUUCAAACAAAAGAAAAAUGGGUUUGAAAACAGACCAUCUUUCUUUAAUGCCUUAGAUAAAGUCUCUGUCUGUUAAAAUGUUUAUACAUCCAGGUCAUUGUGUAAUGUCUGGUAGGAUUCAGUCAAAUCUCAUUUAACUACAUUUUGAAUUCAUUCUCCAUGGCACUUCUUCAGAUGUCAGAUGGUGGGGAAUCCCCAACAUUUAAACCUGUUCACACGACAUCAAAACUUGUGAUCACUGAGGGAGUUUCAUAUCUGAAGAUCUGUGGCAUCAUUUAUCUGCUACUAAUGGCUACCGUAUCACCCGAGUUCACAGGUUUAAAUGCCAACGAUUCCCAAACAUUAAUCAGAUGAUAAUGAUGUGUCAGAGUGGUAUAAAAUAAGUUACUACCAAGUUGUUGUUGCCUUUGACUACCAGACAUACAAAAGCUUCUGUUGUUGUGAUAUGUAGCCUCUUGUGAUUGUACAAAUCCAUGGUGACUGGAAAUUGUUAGUCUUUUAGUCUAUUCAAAGAAUGUGUCAACACUGUGAACCCCACCAAAAGUGAUGAGACUGUUUCCCCCCUACUUAUUAUUGCCAUUUUCUUUUCAAACAGAAGAUGAAUUUAUGUAAUGUGAACACAAAUGAAAAAAGACAAUGAAACAACAAACUGAUUCAGACAA